UUAUCUGGCCAGUAAUUGCAUCGGCAUGCUGGCUGCCUUGUGCGCGCGUGUGGGCAAGUGCUGAGCACGACACAAGGCUGCAGAACCUUUUGCUGGCAUCCACACGCAGGGAUGAAUUAAAUGCACACACGCCGCCUGGGAAACACCAUGGCUGGAUUCUACGGGUGCCUGAAAAGUAAAAAUGACUAUAUCAUGGCUACGGGACCCACAGAGGUCACACAGUCACCUGAAUCAGGAGACACAGUUGAAGAGUGCACAGGAAAGAAAAAAUCCAAAUUUCAGACUUUCAAGAACUUCUUUUCCAAGAAGAAAAGGAAAGAGCCUCCACCUCCCAGGGGGGAAAGUAAUUUAAAACCUUGCCAGUCCAGCAGCGAUGUCAGCAUCGCUGUGCUCAACGCUACUGCACUUCAUUCACCGAAGGAGUCUGGGCCCAAAGGAAGCAUGGGAAACAAAGCCUUGUCCCAUGACAGUGUCUUCAUUUUUGAAUCUGCACCAGGAAAUGUGGCAGGUGAUGUGUUGUCUCGGGAAAACAUACCUGGAAGAGUGAAAACUUUGCAGCUUCAGCUGCAGCAGAAUGUCAGACUUGGAUCACCUCCUCUUGUUAUAACUGGAAAGAAACUGGAAGAUGCAGGUGCUGUUUCUGAGGAUGAUGGUUUACCUAGAAGCCCUCCUGAAAUUUCAACCCUUCAUGAAGUUCUGACAGAUUCACCAAACAAGUCCUCCAACCCUGUUCAGCGUCAUAGCUCUUUGAGUUUAGGCGGCACAGACAGUGAAGAUGAACAGACACCUUCUGGAGCUUCCUCCAGGCCCAUCAGUCCUUCCUCCCCUGCCACUCUGGGGGUCUCCAUCUCACGAGGCAGCAGCUUCCUUCCUGUUGACUUCACCACCCCUGCCAGUCCCCUGGGCUGCCUGGACACCUCAGCAGCCAGGCACAGGAUUGCCAUAAACCCUCGGAAACAGAAAGGCUUUACCAACAAGAAUCAGCAACCCCUCCAGGUGGAACAGCUGGAAAAUGGAGCAUGUGUUCCUGCAACUCCAGAAAAGAAGGAAAAUUCAACAGAAUUACUUGAGAGUGACAAACAUAAAAGUGAUUGGGAAGCUGUGGCAGGAGGCUCCUGUGCUUUGCUGCAGGAGGAUGCAAGCCUUCCCUGCAUGGACCAUCAUCAUAGAGCAGCCACACUCCCUCUGAGACCUGAGCCUUCCCCAGUCAGUCUGGAGGAACACUACAGUGCAAAAGUGUUGCACUCUUCAGAUGAGUCUGCUGAUGAAUUGAAAGAACACCAGCAAAGUACUGGGACUGAAGUACUUCCACUUCCAGAGGUGCAAACAACUCAAAGGAGAAGCUGCUGUGUCUCCAGAAAUACCAGCAAAACCAUUCCAACUGUGCGUCCCAGGUACUGCACUAAGCACUCACAGGUUGCAGUAGCUGAUUCAGAGUCUUGUGGUGGCGUUGAGACAGUGGCUGUUUUGGAGCCUGAAAACAGUCCAGUAACAAGAAAUAAGAAAGAAACUUGUGAAAUUAUGGAAUCUCAGUCACCCAAAGGCAAUGCAGAAAAAAAAAUAGACACUGCUGCAUCUGUCUCGGAAGCAGGUUGUGUGCUACCUCGUGGUAAAUUGGAAGGAUGUUUUAAAGCAGAAACUGUUCCUGUUUCAAAGGGUAACAAACAGGCCAGCACAUCGUGCAUUUCUGAAAAACUUUCCAUUGGGUGUCUUGCCUCUUCGAGUUUGGCUGGCUUGAAGAGUAAUAUACCUUCUGAUGAUGACAGUAGGGAGUACCAGAUAAGCAGUACAGAUUCUCACAGAAAAACAGUGGAAGGCAAUCAGUCUUCAGAUGAAAAUGUGAAAACUCCACUGAAGACUCCUUCUGCUAAACCAGUCCGAUUCACCAUUGCACCAGCAUGGCAAAGAUCUCUCUCAGGGGGUUCAAAUUCAAAGGAAGAUUCCUAUUCCAGAAGUUCCCCAACAUCCCCUAUAAGACCAGAAUUCUUUGAGGGAACAACAAAAGAGCACACACGUUUUGAUGCAGACAUCCAGGAAUCAGCAAAAACCAAUUCAGAUAGAUUUGGUCGAGAUUGUAAGGACAGAGAUCUGCAUUUGAAUUCUUUUAUGGAGUGGGCUGACCAUGAAACACAAAAUGCUGAGAACCCAUUUGGGAUCAGACUAAGGAGAACAUCUUCUUUACUAAAAUACCAGAGUGAAAGCCGUGUAGAGUCUCCAAAGCUGAUCCCCUCAACUGUUCCCAUUACUUCUUCUGCUUCAACCAAGGAGGAUCAGAAAUUGAUGGGAACUGGGAAGCCACCUCCAAGCCUUCCUGUUGGCACAAAACCAGUUGUUAAAAAGCCUGAUCUCCUAGAAGACAAAAAUCCCCCAAGACCAGAUCAGAAGAAGUGGCAAAGAAGCAAAAUGGUCAUAAACCUUCAGAAUAAACAGGAAAAAGCAGUUAUUGCCAAGGACAAAAUCAUCAGGGAAGAAAAAGUCACUCCAUAUUUGGAAACUGCUUCCUCUGAGCCAGCUUGGGUCUCCAUGGCAAAGCUAAAACAAAAGGGUUUCCAGGACCACCCUCUUGCCAAAGAACAUAAAGCUGAAGACAAAGCUUUGACCAAAGUGGAUCAGGAGGAGCAAGGGAUCUGUGCUAGUGAGAACAUACUGAAGAAGAAUCUGCCUUCCAACUUGAGCUCUCAGGAGAAGAAAAUGCAAAUGAAGACCAAUGUGUCUGCAGCAACAGGUAAAGUUGAACCUAUUUCUCAGGAAGCAUCUGUGAUUCCUGCUGUUGAAAAGGAAGCAAGGCACUCCUCUAACCUGCCAAUGACACCCUGCAGUCCUGCUGAACCACCGUGGCUGUCCCUGGCCAAGAAGAAAGCCAAAGCAUGGAGUGAAAUGCCCCAGAUUGUACAAUAGCAAAUGACAGGAGCAUCCUUCUUUGUAUUGCCAAUAGCUGCAUUAACUCCAUUUAAUCCUUCUUUACUGUGACCAUUUUUUGGAGAAAUUAGAGCCUUAAAGCUUUGAUCAGACUGUUGUAUGUAAAUACAUGAUGAAGAAAUGCCAUUGCAGGCUUAAUUUGAUGUAUUAGGAAGCUGAACAUUUCCUACUACCAAACACUAGGAAAACUUGAUUUUUAUAUCCUUAUGCAUUGAUGGUGAUGUUCCAAAGAGGACAUGCUUCAGGCUUUUGCAACAUUUCUCUAGCAAAAUAUGUUUUUAAAGUUUCUUUUAAAGAAACUCUUUCUUUUAAAGACCAUACAGUAUUUUGUGCAGUUUCUUUGAGCUAAGAAAUUAAUGUAUGCUAUAGAAUAGAUACAAUGCUGGGCACUGACGCAUCAUGACUCAUGGGCACUGAUGUCAUCACACUUCUUUCUCUAAUGCUCUGGGAUGGGCAGUCUGACUUUGCUUCAGAUUGUUAAUGGAUCUUCUUUGUGAUAGCUGUGAGAUCUAAACACAUUAUGAGUUAGAGCAAUUCUGGCUUUUGUGUGGUUUGAAGUCACAACGCUUUGGUCUUGGUGCUUUGCUCACAGAUACCCAGUGGAAUGGCCCAGAGCCACACAUCCAUUCUCUGCCAUGCACUGGAAAACCAUCACACUGUAGUGUAUGCUCUGCUUUUGGUUCCACCUUUGGAAAUCUGGGGUAAUUUAGACAUUCUGCUAAAAGAAUCCAUCCUUUCUUUAAUUAUGGCAAACAGUGAUUUUUUUUGUGUGUGUGUGAGAUUCCUCAGCCAAUUGUCUCUCUUAAAGACUGUGUUGGGGAUGAGAACUCUGCUCCUUAGAAGGUGGCAUCUUGUUUUCAAGAAGUGCCACUCUCUAUGUUCAUAUGGAUAUGUAUUUAGUCAGUUGUAUUUAAUAUUAGUGAUACAAGGGGCAUCUGCUUUCCUUCUUGUCUCCUCAGUCUUUAACCUGUAACUCAACAUCAGUCUGAGAAUGUGCAGCUGGGGCAGGAUUAUUCUCUCAGGGCCUGGCCUUGCAGUCACUUAAACUGACAAAAGUUUUGCUAUUGGCUUUGAAGGACACAGACAUUUAAAAAAGAAGCUUUGUAAAAUGAUGUUAGUGACAUAAGUGGUAGUAGCACUUAAUGGUCCUUUUCAGUUCUUACAGCAUUGCACAUUAUGUAGCUUUUGUUUACAGUCAGUGCAAGAUUUGAAGGCUGACUUGGCUGAUGGACUGUUUUUAGCUGGAAAGUUGGUAGAUAUUUUAGGGAUAAUAAUAUCUAUUGAUAGAAUUAACUGCAAAAUGAAAUUAAAUUGGUUCAGAUCAGCUCAAACAAGACUUAAUCUUCCAGUCUUGGCCUGAAUUUAAUAAGUAGCAAUUUGAAAACAGUAUUAAUUAUGAGGUAGACAGUGAUUUUUAAUUUUUUUUUUCAUAUAGGUGAAAACUUACCCAAGUAGGCUCAGAAUCUAUAGAUACUCUUUAUUCUGGAAUUAGCACCAGAAAGAGUAGGAGUUUCACGUUGGCUUGGUAAUCAAUAUCUAUUUUAUUACUUGUUUUUCUCUGCUUUAGGAAGCAUAUCUUCUCUUACAAAGAACUGAAACAUUUGUAUUUCUCUGAAACUUUUGACUGUAAUGUAAGUGAACAUACUCAGCUUUGAUUCAUGAAGUUUUCUACAGCUGCCAUCCCAUCACAAGCUUACUGACCCUGUGAAAUACGGGCAUUUCUAUAUUCAGUAAACUCUCAUCUCUUUUUAUUAAUAUGGAUUGUGAUCCUUCAUCCAAAGUACUGCAAAUGAUACUAUAAUCUCUCUUUCCCUGUGUUUGCUUUUGGUCUUAAUAUUGUUCCUGUCUUUUAUGUUUGGUAUGUAUAUAUGUUUUUGUAAUCCUUGUCUUGAAGGAACCCUGUUUGUAUUCCAUUCCCAUAUUUGGUUUACUAUUAAAUGCUGUUGCCAGUGA